AUGUGUGAGAAGGCAGCUGGCAAAGCUCAUCGGGGCGGGGACGGAUCCAGGUCGCGGCACCCCCCCAAGUCGGAACCAGAUGUCCCUUCCCUCACCAAAAUGUCCCCAGCGCUUUGGCGGGCCCUCAGCCGAGGUUUCGGCGACCGCACCGGGACAGUCCCCCUAGUCUUGGCGCUUUUGGUCGCCCUCAGCCUUUUCUCGUCGUGCUUCUCGGAAGUCCAAAUCGAGGGGGCCUACUCGGAUUACAUGCAACGGGUGCUCUCGUCGAUAGUCACCCCUCCAAAAGUGUAUCCGGGGUUGAUUAAACGGCACGGGGUGAAGUUUCCGCGGGUGUCGCAUGCGCACGGGGACGGGGAUUUGGCUGAGGAUGACAAGGGAGGGUUCAGUAGAGAAGCAACGGUUUUCGGGGAAGAACGUGGGGUCUCCGGAUCAGCAGUUCGGGAGCUUUCGGAGGCAGUACGCGAGAAGAUAGGGAUCGUCCAAACAGUGUUCAAUCCUGCGCAGGGGGCCUUCCUUGUGACGGCAAAUAACUCAAGUCUGGUAGAGGAAGUCGGCAGUUCCGGCCAGCUGGUCAGCGUUGGUAACCUAGUGCUUAACCUCACUAACCCGAGCCUGAUCAACCUCACUAAUCCGAUCAUACUCGAUCCCCUCGUCCUGCCUAACCCAGUGAACUCGAGCCUGGCUAAACACGAGGGUUUGAGCUUAGUUACGCUGAACCUAAGCUCAGGUCUCAACGUCAGUCGAGUCACGCCGCCCCCGGUCGUUCUCACGUCGACCGGGGGCAAGUCGAGCUCAAAGGGUAUGAUGCCGACGCCCAAGUUUUGGCCGGCCGCGUUUUACAAGCCCGGGAGCGCCGCUUAUGAUAAGCGCUGCGACCUCGGGGACGGGGAGUGGGUUCUCGGGCCGAAACGGAUGAACAUCUCCAACUGUCCGUUUGCGUCGCAAACGAAGGAACGGUGCGCGUGGCGCUUUGCGCGGGAGCCCAACUACCGGGACUUCCGGUGGCAGCCGCGCGGCUGCGCGCUGCCGGAGUUUGACGCCAGCUCCUUCUUACACCGGUGGGCCAACAAGACGAUCCUCGUCGCGGGGGACUCGCUCGGCCGCAACUUCUACGGCUCCUUCAUGUGCCACCUGUCGCACGGGGGAUCCCUCAACUUGGACGCGAACGCGAGCGCGGCCGCGGGGUUCCAGAUCUUCCGGAACGAGGAGCACAACAUCACGAUCGGGCGGGCGAUGUCCGAGUUUCUGGUGAUGAAAGAAACCAGUCAAGAGGCGUUCUCGCGCCUUAAUCAGAUCGACCGGGCCGACCCGCUGUGGGCCCGACUGCUGCCCCGCGCGGACCUACUGAUUCUCAACUCGGGCCACUGGUGGAUGGGCGGCGGCAAGGAGAAGCUCUUCGUGCUGGACGGGGAAUACCGCCCCGAUCUCAGCUGGAGCCGCGCCUUCCGCAUCGGAAUGAAGCAUGUCCGGAAAGCUGUGGAGAGGUCCGGCUUCAACGGCACCGCCAUCUUCCGGACGUUUUCUCCUUCGCACUACCAAAAGGGCGGCUGGAACUCCGGCGGAACGUGCGACGCAACGGAACCGAACCCGCAGCUCCAACUCGAUCCGUACGUCCGAAAUUUCCUCGACUUGACGCGCAUGGUCUUUGCCAACUCGACGUUCCAAGUGAUGGAGAUCAGCCGGCUCAGCGCCUACCGCAGAGACGGCCACGUGGGCCCCAUCGCGGGCGCGAGCGCGACACGUGGCGUCCAGGCGGACUGCACCCACUGGUGCGCGGAGGGUGUGACGGACGCAUGGGUGGACAUUCUGCAAGCCAUGCUGCGGACGGAAUGA